GUCCUCCCUCCUGUCUCUCUCUCGCUCUCUCCCUAUCUCUCUCGGUCGGUUUUCCUGCCGGGCUGCUGCUGCUUUGCGCGCUGCGGGGCCACACUGCGACCGCACCGAGGAGGAAGAGGAAAAAGCCGCGGACUGAACGGGGGGGCAGCCUGAGCCAGAGCGGCGGAGAGGCACGACUUAUAAAAAGCAGAAAAAGCCGAGGAGGAGGGUUUGAACGCGCCGUGAGCGCACGGAUAAAAAAAAAAAAUCCCCCCCAGAAGAAGAAGAAGAAGCAGAAGGCGGAGACGCGUCACACCGCUCUCUUCCUCCCUCCCUCCAUCUCUCUGUCUCCGCUUUCCAGGGGAACUGAAGAACAGGUGAAAACCGAAGAGGAGGACAAACAGGGGGGAAAAAAAAUUGUUGGGGAAUCUCGGAGCGCAAAACGACGAACGACGCGGUGUUGGAAACCUCCCCCCCUCCCCUCCCGGACCAGGGCCGAUUCUCCGUUUUCUAGCAGCCAGCUCGGCGCGGCGACACCAUGAAGGACCGUACGGCGGAACUGCGAAGUGCUAAGGACAGCGACGAUGAUGAGGAGGUGGUGCAGGUGGACAGGGACCACUUCAUGGAUGAGUUCUUUGAACAGGUCGAGGAGAUCAGAGGCUGUAUAGAAAAGCUGUCGGAGGACGUGGAGCAGGUCAAGAAGCAGCACAGCGCCAUCCUGGCCGCACCCAACCCUGACGAAAAGACCAAGCAGGAGUUGGAGGACCUCACAGCUGACAUCAAGAAGACAGCCAAUAAAGUCCGCUCAAAAUUAAAAGCAAUCGAGCAGAGCAUCGAGCAGGAGGAGGGCCUCAACAGAUCAUCAGCGGACCUCAGGAUCCGCAAGACACAGCACUCGACGCUGUCACGUAAGUUUGUGGAGGUGAUGACUGAGUACAACACCACGCAGUCCAAGUACCGCGACCGCUGCAAGGACCGCAUCCAGAGACAGCUGGAGAUCACUGGAAGAACCACCACCAACGAGGAGCUAGAGGACAUGUUGGAGAGUGGCAAAUUGGCCAUCUUCACCGAUGAUAUCAAAAUGGACUCACAGAUGACCAAACAGGCCUUGAACGAGAUCGAGACCCGACACACCGAGAUCAUCAAGCUGGAAAACAGCAUCCGCGAGUUGCACGACAUGUUCGUCGACAUGGCCAUGUUGGUCGAAAGCCAGGGAGAGAUGAUUGACAGAAUUGAAUACAACGUGGAGCACUCCGUCGACUAUGUGGAACGAGCCGUCUCAGACACCAAGAAGGCCGUCAAAUACCAGAGCCAGGCUCGCAAGAAGAAGAUCAUGAUCAUCAUCUGCUGUGUCAUCCUCGGUGUGGUCCUGGCGUCGUCCAUCGGUGGCACGCUGGGCAUGUAAGACGCUACACCGCCCGCUGCCGUGACGACCAAUACCGACCGACCGACCGUCCGACCGACAGCCAGCAGAGAAAAGAAACACCAACGACAACACAAAAACUUGAAACACAAAUGCAAGACAGAUAACCAAUCAGCUAGGAAGAGAAAACAAUCCAAUCACAGCUAAGAGGAAACACCACGGGUCUGGGUGGGGUUCAAAAAACAAAGAAAAAAAAAACACAAUAAACGCCAUCACAUUAUAGCUGACUUAACUACUUAACGUAUACAAAAGAGGGUACAAAUAAACCUAUUUAUUACAGAUGUACAUGUAAAUGUAUUGAACAUAUGAAACAACACAUGGGUUAGCUACCUGUAAAAACUGAUGACCUAUAAUAUAACAUUUACUUGUUUGUUUGUUUUGCCUUUUUCCUUAUUUUUUAACGGUUUCUUUCGUUUUUCGGGAGUCUCCGAGGGCAGUGAUGGUGACGGCUGCCGGGUGUGAGUUCUGCGGGGCUAAUCUGUCCGUUAGCUUCUGUCGCUCAUUGGGCCUUCUGGAACACAUUGAUCUCAAACCAUUCCGAAAACUCCAGAACCACCCGGAGUUCCGUUCAGGAACAGAGGGGUUUGGCUCCGGAAUGCUGCCAGUAGCUCUGGCGCUUUGCGAAAGGUCGCCCCGCAGGACGAGCGCUCUCCGGCUGUGCUAGAACCAGAUUUGUUCCCUUGUUUCUGGGAGGGAGGGACCGACCUCGCCGUUGGCUCAGCCUCUUUAGACCACCUCUCAUUGGUUGCCCAUUCCUGUCAUUCACCUUAGUCAGCCUGUUAAAUUAAAUUAGCUUAAACUGGCAAAGCCCAACCUGCCACAUGCUGUUUAGAAAUCAACAAGGAAAGAAUGUGACACGCUUCCCAUUGAGAUGUUUCCACAGCCAGCCAAUUGGUUGAGCUGAGUAGAUGAGGGGGGAGGGGGGUGUCACUGCAAUGUGACGGGUUUCCACGACAGCAAUUGCCCCUUCUUGUCACACCUAUCUAACCAAAGAGCAGUGGGAGGGAGGACCUCUCGUUGUCCUGCUGAAUCUGACUGGCCAGCAGCAAAUAAAAAAAAGUUUGACUAACUGGUGAACGCCGGGAAGGAAAAGGUGGUAGGAGGGUUAAAAGGAGGGUGGGAGGAGAUGGACAGUUAAUCUAUGCAGUUACGAUAGGAGGAAACUACUUGUCCCGCCUCCCCAAACCAAGAUAGCCAAUGAGGAUCAGGGAUUCACGUUACCGUAACAACAUGCACAUCGCGCCGAUCGAUGUAGAAACAUGGUGGUCGCGGCCGGGCGUCAUCUCCAAGCUGUCGCAGCUGUUCUCCCGGAAGAUUCUUUAAAAAAUGGAGAGAACACAUUAAAAAGUGAAGAAGAAAAAUACAAUAUGAAUUUAACAAACAAGCCAGAAAAUGUAGGAAACCUGUAGACGCUGGUUGCCCUGGUUACGUGAGCGUCGCGGUGAUAUCGUUGCCGUUUUAUUAUUUGAUGGGAACGUUUGUUGCUUCGUUGUUUCCGUGGUGCUGCUGUUUUGGUGCGUGUGUGACGCGUCCGUGCUUCUUGGCCUGACAUUGUUUAGCAGGUUAAUGUUUAGUCUGUACGUUAUGAUGCAUUUGCCUGUUUCCUCCCUGCAUCCCUCCUUCUCCGACCCGACCGUGUGUGUGUGUAUGUGUGUGUGUUUUAUUCAUACCAUUGGAUUGGUCGAGUUGCACAGGUGCUAUUGAACAGCAGAGGAUUUUCCUAUUGGUGGAUUUUCUCUGUGGAAGGUGGAACAUGUGACACACACACAUUCAUAUACAUCCACAUCAAAGACACCUCAGAUAUUCAUUUCAGUUUUCAUACCGGAAACUCCCCUUAACACAUGCACAUCACUUUAGUGUUAGAGAUAGACUGUGUUGCUUAGCAUGUUACAGCAUUAGCUUGUGUUUCAUGUAGAUUGUGUAGAAGCUGCUUGUUGGAGACUGCUCUCAGUUUUCUGGUCUUUUCUGGUCUUCUUUAAAGUUUUCUGUCUGGUGUCCGGUGUUGAGAAAAGCUGGUUCAAAGUUUCAGAAAGUUAGAAAGCUAGCAGCUAGCUAGUGAGGCUAUUUUGUCAAAUUUGAAGAAAAGCAGUUUACUUUUCCACAGACCUCUUUUACCAACAUACAUAUAUACAUACAUUUUCAGUGUCACUCUGUGUUAGCAUUAAACAUUAGCUAUAUUUCCUCACAAGAACAAACGAAUAUCCCUCUUUGCACAAAUGCACAUGCUAAUUAAAGUAAAAUAAAAAAUUAUUAUCAAAGACCAAAUGUAGGAACAGAGUAUUUGGUUUUGUUGAUUAUAAUGAGGUCUGUGUUGAGAAGAAACUGGACACGUGGAUGGGUUGAAUAACGACCACACUGUAGCUUUAGAUUGAGAUGGGUUCGUCAGCGCUAAGGCUCUGUGAUACGGAGGUUCGUCUUCUUCUGUUGAGGCCUACGCUGGACGGCAACAACCACAAUCACCACGAGCUCACAUUACACUCAGUGUCAAAGCAAUAAGAUUAGUGUAGUUUGACAGAAAACGUGUAUGCUAGCUACCUAGCGCACUCUGUCUGGAUUCAGCCUCCAGUUUAGCAGCUGUGCUUUCUCUGGUCUCAUUUCUGCAUGUUAGUCCUUUGACUGAUUUUUUUAUUGGCUAACAGUUGGCUAACGGUUGACUUUCUAUUAAGUCGCUAUGCAGCUCUGUUUCUCUGGAAGGCCAUGCUCUGGCUAAAAGUUAACAUGACGUGUUAUUGCUUUGUCGUGGCUAGCAUGCGCGAACAUGAGUACGUAGUCAGUGCUUUGUGGAAUCAUGUGUUUUCUCAGGAGUCGUAGUUGUUAGCGCCAUUAGUUUUAGAUGUCUGUGAUGCUGUAUAGAUGAAAAAAAAAAACAGGAUGUUUAACUUCUGGUGUGGAGAUGAGAGGAGCUUUUGUUUUAUUCUUUGGAUUCCCGAAACCAAAACUUGACUUCUGUGUUCACCAAAGCUUCACAGAUGCCCCCAAGUCCUCAAAGCCGAAAACUCCAGCAGAUGUCUGUUCAAACGAAGUUUCUGUAAACAAUUUCUCUGCUGUCGUACUGUCAACAUUUGCGGCUGCAUUCUGGCGUUACGAGAGUUUUCCAUCUGGUUUUUAGAUGGUGGUAGAUUAAAUAUACGUUCUCCUUUAAAUCAAACCAGUCUGCAUGUUCUGCCUACAUUUCCACAUCUCAUCUGACUCUUUUAGAGUCUGCAACACACAAUAUUUAAUCCAGUUCCAUGUUCGCGAUGGUCGAUGGUUGUCCAGGUGGCGUCACAGUCGUCACGGUAGUCUUGCGAUUGGUUCGGCGGUGGAUAAAGAUCAACAAUGAGAGGAUGCCGUCAUAGCACCAGCCAGUUUGUUGACACUGAUAUUGCUUUGCCGUGUGUGUGUGUUUCCUGUCAAGUUCCUGCUCCUGUCUUGUAGCUAUCCAUCAGGCCCUGCCACUAUCCUCUGAAAAACAAAGACAAAUGUCACAAAACCACAGAGGCAGUAAAGCUAAACGGUUAAAAAAAAAAAACUGCUCGGUGAAGGUUUGAUGGUUUGUCCAGGUGUUCGGCCCCCUGUCCUCUUGUCUUUCCUGUUCCUGUUGCGUUGUAGUUGUUUGGUACAAAAAGACGACGUUGAGGGCCGGGAGUCUGCCAAUCCCCUUCCCCAGCAGACCCCGCCCAUCCUGCUGUGUGUAAUAAUUAUAAUAAUAAUAAUAAAAAAAGGCAUGCAAAAGCGUUGUGGAGUUUGCAUGAUGGUGUUUUUUGUACCCCACCCCACGCCCCGCCCUCCAUGUCGUGCACUUUACCACUCAUGUGACCAAUCUGGUUAGCACAUCAGUAGUUACCGACAAAGUACUUGUUCCUAGCUAGUCUGCAUUUUUAUGUAAAAGUCACACACAUGUUAUUUUAAAGACUCAUAUUUUAAUGUGAAAGGCUACAUUUUCACACAUACUGUCAUCCUGCGCCCACCCCACCUUAACACGCCCUCCAAAUCUCCCGCUAGGUCUCAUACCACCAUUAGCCACUGAUGUGUGUUCGCUUUCGCUGCUGCAUUUGUGUUUGUGGAAGAAUUGUCUGAGCACUCCGUCACCCAGCGUUGUGUGUGCAGCAUGACUCCCUUCCUCUUCGGUGAAACAAGACGUCCAAAUGUGUUUAUGAGUGUGUGUGUUAGUGUGUGUGUAUGUUGGAGCAGCACAAGUUUGUUUAGAUGUGUGAAGUGUCUGAUCGCAGGUCGGCGGUUUGCAGCCGUGUCAAAAAGUUCCACUAUGAUUUUUUUUUUUUUUAAAUCGCGACAGAUGAGAGAUCAGACACAUGUAAGGACGCCAUGAUCACUGUUACUGUUGUAUUUAUUCAAUUCAAACCAAAGCGUUUUCGCCCCUCCCUCAUGUGUUCUCAAAAUGUUCGCCGCUACUAUCAAAGAGCACAACGCAAGUCAAGUUUACACUGAGAUAUUUGUAACGGUAAUUUGUAAUGGUGAAGUACUAACAAAAUACAAAACCACUAAUGCAAUCACAAACUACAAAAACAAAAGCCCAGCCCCCCCUCGCCCACCACCAGCCCUCACUGCAUGUUGGUCUGUCCAUCAAUCAAACCCAAAAAACCUGUCCGACACUUAUCUUAUGCCACAACAACGAUGUCUGCCUCCACCCUUCCUUCUCUUUCCUUUCUGCCUGUAGCUGUUAGUUUAGUGGAAAAAUAUGAUGCAUAUUCAUAAUCUUGUCCUUCACUUGAGGCACAUACGGAGACAAUGGUGGUGCUUUCUUCUUCUAUUGAUUAAUUGCUGUUAUUCUUGUUAUUUUAGUGUCAUUGUUUUCUUUAAGACCAGCCCGUGGCAACACUUCAGGAUCAACGGCCCGCCUGCAGGUUUUAAGGCUCUGCUAGCUAAAACAUGGCCGACUUGUCGAAGCCAACCAAUCAGAUGAUUGAUCCUAAAACUGGGCGCUGACAAAUCAUCGCCAUCUAUUGUCCAGCACUUUCUAAUUAGGUAGCUAGCUGCCAAAAAACCUACAGGGGGCCUUUUUCCUGGGUGAAAAACGGCUGCGGCCUUGUCUACUGAAGUCACAUAUAUAGGCAAGAACAUAUAUAAAUCUUACACCAACAUACUGCUUUUCUCUACCUGUAUGUACGUGGCUGUGUAGCCUUUAUUGCUUCUGUUGGUUGUGUACAGUUCCUGUCAGAGCGGGGUGCGGAAAGCAGGAAAAAAUCAUCCGGAGAGAGUUUGAGUGCGACACCUAGACCCAAAGAUUGACUUAGCGUUAGCUGUUAGCCAUUAGCCCAAGUGUGGAAGUAACAUGGCGUGUUGUUUCACACCGAUAUUGGCUCGCGGCUCCAGGCUGUUCACGCGUGGAGGCAACAUGCCUUGCCGUUAUUUCUGCAAAUUAACUUUUCAGACCAGCAGCACAGCGUCUACAGACGAGUGUCUGUCUUCCAGGUUUGUCGUCAACAGACACAGAGUUCAGAGAGAGGCGGGAGGUUUUUGUUCCUCCGCUGUCGGACAGUUAAACUCUUCUCUGCGAUGAUUUUUGUCUUCCUGAAACAAUUUUCAAAAACCAAAAGCUGUUCAGUGUCCUGCUCUGGAUCAUGACAAAAUGAAAAUGUUUGUUUGUUUGUUUGUUUGUUUGUUUGUUGUGGCUUCAACCUGCUCUCGUCAGCAGUCGCAGCUGCAGCUUGAUAUUGACUGUUGUUUCUGAUGAUGAUUUUGUUGAUGUUCCGCCCAGACGUCUUUGUGCUCUCUUCAUCGUAAAAACAGUAUUUGGUUUGUAUCAGUGUUUUUUUCCCUAGUGGGAGGGGUGGGAGGAGUUAUGGGAGGGGUCACAUUGAUAGGCCACACCCACACAAUCCCUGCCAUAGCAAGUAGGAAAGACACUUAAAUAACAUAGUUAUCAUUAUCAUUAUGAUUAUUGUUAUUAUUAUUAUGAUUACUACCAUAAAUUACAAAUAAAAUGCAGUAAAACAUUUGCAAAAACCCAGAGGGAACGAGAACGGCUUCACAUGAAGAGAUCUUUAAAAAAGGGAGGUCAUGAUGAUUCUAUAAUAGCAAUGAUUUAAAGUACAAACGGAGUUAUGUUAUCAUAAAUAAUAGUAGUAAUAUUGAAUAUUGAAUGCUCGCAAUUUUGUCAAACUGAAACUGGAUUCUUUGUGUUAUGUAAUUAUUGUAAAUAACUUCAAAGAGAGAAAAAAUGACUUGCAUGUCUAUGUAUAAAUCUACUGAGAUAUCUAUUCCCGUCAAAGUUGACAAGUAGUUCGAUCUCUGUCCUUUUUUGUCACUUUCGCCCCUCCCCUCGUCAGCAUCACCCGCCCUCACCCCUUCCCCACGAUCUGCACACUCCUUUUAUUCUUUAAACGUGGGAGAGAGGCGCCAGCAGAGAGACAGAGAAACAUAGCUUCCAGCGUCGUCGUCGUCGCCGCCGCCACCCGCCGCUCCAAGUCCAGACGCCGUGUUUACAGCCGCCUGCAAGAAAAGCUACGGCAGCGCUUUUAGACGCGCUGCCGGACCUUUUCAGAACACUCUGAUCUUUUUCGUUUGCGUCUGAAACGAGCUGGAGAGCUCCGGCUGGUUCAGACAGAAACGAAAACAACCUCCAUUGUCGACAGGUGUUUGUGGAGCAAACGCAGACACGCCCACAGCUCCAUCCAUCACCCCAGUUCCAGAGGCUCCACCCACUGGCUCCUCUGAUGAAAGUGCUUCCCUCCAUAUUAGGAAAAUUAGUCCCGCCUCCAGGGCUUUCCAGGGCCACGCCCCCGAUCACUUUGGAAGCCCUGUUAGCGGUUUCCGGACUCUCUCUCUCUCUUGCUGUUUGGCUGUCUCUCAACCGCAGCUAGCUAGCCAAACAACACGCCGAUAACCUGGUCUCUCCUCCUGCCUGUUUUCCACAGAGAUUAGCCCAGCCCCGAAACAACGUACUUGCUCUGCCACUUAGCGGCCGUAGACAGUCUGAGCGACCAUCAACCGGACAAUAUCAAUCAAUAUCAAUGACCAAGUGUCGCAGUGCCAUGUUGCUUACACCCGUCGGAUCAACGGUGCCACUAAAUCCAGUUUCGCUAUAAGUUGCUCGUCGAUUUAAACGUGUCUUUUUCUUAACCGCAACCAAACCCCCAUGCGACCCUGCUGUUUCCCAAAGAGGUCUUGGUCCCCAUAUACGAAACCAAGACAGUUAGCCUUUGAGCGCUUUUAGGAAAAGUUUUGAAAUGCCGUCCCAUGUUUCCGCGUCCGCUAAACCGUCCUGACAAACCACUACAGUCUUCCUUCCACGUUUCUUUUUCUGUCUUUCAGUCCUCAACAGUUUCCUGGAGGAGAUCUUAGCGCAGAAUUCCUCAAAGGUGUCCAAGCGCAAGAGAUCACACGAGAGGUCUGAGAGAGAGUCAAACUUAAGCUGCUUGUCUCUCUGGACAAAGGAAACUUUUUGAUUUUAGCUACCCAGACUUCUGAUCUUGAUCUCAGCUUCACGCCUUUGACGGGUUUGAGGAACAUCAUCCCAUCGUGCUCCCGGUGUCGCCACCUAACUCGUGGCCCGGUCUCUUGCCUCACACAGGCCUAUCGUAACAAAGCGUGCAAUAUUCAGAGAAACAAGGGCUUUCUUUAUCAUGCAGAGGCGAUCAGGCCGGCCACAGAGCGCAGACCUCCUGCAGGAACUCCUUCAACCAAAUCAUCUGUUUCAGAAAAUCAAGGGACCUCCUGCAGCGUCCGUUAAGACCCUGAGCGAGUACGUUGUUGGGGGGGCAGAAAUAAAGAGAGGAGCUCUCUGGGCGGAAACGGCAGGUGAGAGACAGAGAUGUGACGUUGGAAAGAAAAUGUCCAAACUCUAAAAAAAAAAAAAGCUACAGAAAGAGGACAGGGCCAUCGCUCUGAAAACACAACUUUGACCGGAAAUGCAACUUGUGUCCCGUUUUUUUUGUGUGUGUGUAUGUGUGCGUAGCGUAAUGUAAAAGCGAUCUGUCCCCCCUCCCCACCCGCCCCCUCUAAAAAAAAAAAAAUAAAAAUGAAAAACACGCUCCGCCUCCCUCCCCUCCAGCCCUGUCUCCCCCCUCCUCCCCCCUCUCUCGUACUGCUGUUGGCUGUUCUGUUUAGUUCAUGUGACGUGCCAGUAUUCCCCCUCCCCCCUUCUUUUCCUAUUUGAUCCGCGCCCUCCCCCCACUCUCCCCUUUCCUCUCUCUCUUGCCCCCUCCCUCCCCCUCCUCCCUCUCUCUUCAUGGAUCUUUAAGAUGACAACUCUAUGCAGAUGCUGUCUUUUAUAAGUGUGUCAAAAAUUUUAAUUUAAAAUAAAAACUUAAAAAAACAAACCCUGACAGACAUAUUGAAAUGAUAACAAAAAAUGAAUAAAGAAAAGGAUUGUUCAGUGUA